AUGAGAAAAUGAGAUGAACAGCUGAAGUUCUCAUUCCACUCGGACAAACACGCUGCGGCAGAUAAGAAGUAGCAACAACUCCACAUCGCGGUGACUCGCUAAGAGUUCAGGAAAGCUGAGAAAAUGGCGGAACGCAAAGCAACAAAUAAAUACUAUCCCCCGGACUGGGACCCCUCCAAGGGGUCCAUCAAUACUUAUCGUAAGAGCCAUCCCUUGCGAGAACGGGCGAAAAAGCUCCAUAUGGGGAUCCUGGUCAUUCGCUUCGAGAUGCCCUACAAUAUAUGGUGUGAAGGGUGUAAGAAUCACAUAGGAACCGGUGUGAGGUACAACGCGGAGAAGAGUAAAGUUGGCAUGUACUACACAACACCGGUAUACAAAUUCAGAAUGAAAUGCCAUCUAUGCGAUAAUCAUAUAGAAAUGCAGACAGACCCAGGGAAUCUGGACUACAUCAUUCUCAGCGGAGCGAGUCGGCAAGAAAGGCGGUGGGAUCCGACCGAGAACGGUCAGGUUGUCCCUGAAGAUAAGAAUGUCUCGAAACAAUUGGCUUCCGAUCCCAUGUUCAAAUUGGAGCACGCGGGCAAGGAUUCGAAGAAGAAACUAGACUUGGAACCCGUCAUCGAGAAACUUGAGGAUUUCCAGGACCGGUGGAGGGAUAAUUAUUCAAUGAACUGUUUGCUCCGGAAGAAAUUCAGAGUUAACAGAGAAAAAAAACGACGGGAGAUAGAGGCGAAGGACAAGCUCCUGAAAUCCAAGGCCGCUCUGAACAUCAAGCUCCUGCCCGAGUCAGACCAGGACAGAGAAAUCGCGCAGCUUCUGCGGCUCGAGGCGCCAAUGAGUUUCGACGAGAGACAGAGAAGGGACCGGCGGGAGCUUAUGUCCAAGCCUCUCCUGGGAGCAUCCACCAGCUCAUCGAACACGUCGGUCGAGCUCAAGAGUAAAAUCCUCAACACCAAAUCGCCCAGGACCCCGCCGAUUUCUGAUGGCAGUCGGAAGCUAUAUCGCGGCCUCGUCAGGAACCUGAAUGCACCAUCUAGCUCACGGACUUCGUUGAGCGGCGAUAGUAAAGACGACGAAAUCGAAAGUAAUGAGGCUGAAAGCUCCUCUAGACUCAUCAGUUUGACCGCCUACUCAGAUUCUGAGGGAGAUUGA